AUGGGGGACUCCGGAUUAUUUAUGACCACCUGCGUUUAUGACCACCUGCGGUUUCCAAAUCAGCAGCUCAAUGCCAUAGCCACUAGACGGGAAGGCGCUGUUAAGAUUGAGAAAUGCUACUUUUCCUGGGCCGUUUCUGACACUGGUGUACCGGAAGCCCAACUCGAAGAUAUCGACCUGGAGAUAGAGCCCGGGUCCUUGGUUGGCAUCGUCGGAUUUGUAGGUAGCGGCAAAUCCUCGUUACUCUCUGCCAUACUGGGUGACAUGCACGUCAUUGAAGGCAAGGUCGCCACCAUGGGUCGCACAGCUUUUGUUCCACAGUUGCCCGCUGUUCACAACAUGACUGUCAGGGACAAUAUUCUCUACGGGAAGCCGAUGGACCUGAGUUUCUACCACCAUGUUAUUCAAAGCUGCCAGCUCAUAAAUGACAUCAACAUGCUAGCGACCGGGGACAUGACCGAAAUCGGAGAAAAGGGAAGCAACCUCAGUGGCGGCCAAAAGCAGCGCAUUUCAAUUGCCAGAGCAGUGUACAGCCAGAGCGAUGUGUACCUACUGGACGAUCCGCUUAGCGCUUUGGAUCCCAUUGUGGCCAGCCGUGUCUUCAAAGAUGUUAUCGGGAAAAAAGGCCUGCUCAGGCACAAGACUCGAAUUAUGGUGUGCAAUCAAGCAAAGUACUUGCACUACAUGGACAAGCUCAUUUUAGUGGACAAGAAGCGAAUUAAGGUAUACGACAAAGUGGAAGCCCUGAUAAACGACCCAAAGUCACCUAAAAAUUUCCGUGAAGCUCUUCAAGAUCCGACAACCCGUCUCCUCAGAAAAAAUGAAACUGAAGCUGAGAAAAUGGAAGAAAACGACGUAGUUGGAAGGAUAACUGGAGAAGAGUUGGGACAGUCCAGCAAGACAGGGUGGCAGUUGCUGUGCAGCCUCCUCCGCCUAACAGGAUGGCCUGCAGUCAUGGCAGUCCUCAUGUUCCUAGCAGCUGCCUGUGCUUUUGCGACGCAGCAGGUGUGGAUCAAGUGGGGGACGACGGAUGCAACGACAAAUGGUGGCACUACCGCCAUUUCCUCUGUGCAACUUCCUUGGUUACCAAGUCUCGUGGCCUUGUGCUUGAUAGACGUGGCCUUCCGUAUUGCUGGAAGUAUCCUGCUGGCCCUGUCUGCGAAGCGUCUUUCGCGGUCCCUGCACAACGACAUGCUGGGUCACGUGCUGCAGAGUCCAGUAUCCUUCUUCGACGAAUCACCCCGGGGCCGCAUCGUGAACCGCUUCUCGGCCGACAUCGACCAUGCUGACUCACGCGCUUUCAUCAGCGGCAAGCAAAGCGUCCAGAACACGAUCCUCACCUUCGCCAAGAUCGCCAUUGUCGGCACUCAGGCGCCCGUCGUGCUCGGCAUCACACUUGUUCUCGCCGUGCUGGUCUGCUACGGAUUGUGGGCCGCACUGAGGGCGUCGCACCACUGCCGCUACUACGAGAGCCUGGCCAUGUCCCGCUUGCUGCAGCACGCGACCGAAACUGUGGACGCGCUGAGCAGCGUGCGAACGUACGGCGUGGCGGACAGGUUUGCGAGCCACUUCUACCGCCUGACGGACGAGAUGGUGCGGGGCCUAGUUUGCUUCGGAUACACUUACUGCUUUGUACGCACGCUGACGGCCGUGGCUGGAUUCGUGGUCAUCAUGUGCACCCUGCUGACCACCGUCGUCUUCGCCGGCCCCGGCGGACCCGACCCAGCCAGUCUGGGCCUGGCGCUGAGCUCUGCGUGCUCGGUUUCUCUGUCGCUGUUGUCACUGUGCGUGAUGCUGUUCAACGUUCUUCAAAUGAUUGUCUCAUUCGAACGCUGUGUGGAGUACAGUGAGCUCCCUCCAGAGAGCGACGUCCCAACAAACAGCAACGAUACAAAAGUGCCACCGACGCCGUGCCCGACUGGUUGGCCAAGCUCAGGAAUGAUUCAGUUCCAGAAAUACUCCGCUUCUUAUCGCCCUGGUGUACUUCCCAACGUACUCGAGGACGUCACAUUCGUCGUCAAGCCAUUAGAAAAGGUAGGAGUGGUUGGCCGCACCGGUGCUGGCAAGUCCUCCCUUGUACUCGCACUUCUGCGCAUGCUCAGACCUUCCGAAGGCCAGAUCCUCAUCGAUGGAGUCAACAUCGCCAACGUGCCACUUCGUAAGCUGCGCAGGAGUAUCACAGUCAUCCCGCAGGACCCAAGUCUUGUGAGAGGAACGUUGCGAACAAACCUUGAUCCCACAAACUCUCACUCUGAUGUGGACAUCUGGGAAGCCCUGGAACGUUCGCACCUUUCUACAUUUGUGUCGUCUGAUGCGAAAGGGCUUCUUUUGGAGACUACAGACGGUGGCACAAACCUGAGCGUGGGCCAGCGACAGCUGGUGUGCCUGGCGCGUGCCCUACUGCGUCGAUCCAAGAUACUGCUGCUGGACGAGGCCACGUCGCAGAUGGACGGCGACACGGACCGUCUGAUCCAGGCCACUCUCAGAGACGCCUUCGCCAACUGCACCCUCCUCACCGUCGCGCACCGUAUCCACACUGUCCUGGACUACGAUAGGAUUCUGGUUCUGGAAGAAGGGAAAGUCAAGGAAUUCGACUCCGUGAGCGCGCUCCUCUCCGACUCAUCAUCUGCGUUCUACAGCAUGGCCGUCGAAGCUGGCAUUUGUAGUGCUACAAAAAACUCGAACCUGAUCACGGCUUUUUUGUGAUAAACUAAUAAUGUGUGUUCGUCAGAAAAUACUGAAGUGCAGUGCGUAUUGAUGGUGCUUACAUACCAAAAACACGAGGCAGCUAACAAAAAACCCACUAGAUGUUUACAUCGCAACGAAUACUUACUUUCGAGAGUUUUCAAAUUAAGUCUGAUGCAGAAAAGAUUCAUUUUUGAGGUAACAAAUUGCGAAAUAUUUGCUUUAUUUCGCACAAUAGAUGACGACAAGGGUUGUGCCGGCAGUGGCGUGACGACAAAUAUGGGACGACCACUGUAGGGUGGUGACGGCAUGGCGACGACACCGUGAUGUCGUCGGGAUGACGAGAAUCACAUGACUAAGCUGGAGUGACGGUGGGGGAAUAACAAAGACGUCAUCACGGCUAUGAUAUUAGACAAUUUUAGUUUAGCGUUUGCAACCGAAAAUAAAAGCAUUACGUACGUAAAGAAAU